AUAUUGAUAUAUAACUCACAUCACUUCUACCAUAUGACUUUUCUACAAGACGCGAAAAAAUUACUUAUAAAUUAGGAGAUUCAAAGUAAGUUUUAGUACACUAGAACUCUAUAUGGAUCUGUUAUUUCCAAUAAGUGCGAUUCAGGACAUAAAACCGCAUCGGAUCGAUGUUGUAGCAGCGCCCAAAAUGGCGGGCAUCCCGGUGGAAUUCGAUGAGACAGUAGUCAAUCAGUUUAGCUGCAAACGUUGCGACCGCACGUUUAAAAGUAAACGCGAUCAAACGCUUCAUCGCCAGGAGGUGCACAAUCAUAACAAAACUACCUACGAAUGCAAACUGUGCGCCAAAAAUUUCUGCAACAGCGGCAAUCUGGAUCGCCACAUGAAGGUCCACAACGAUGUGCGACCCUUUGUGUGUAACAUAUGCUCGAAGGCAUUCGCACAGGCGGUCAAUCUGCAGCGACACUAUGCCGUACACAGCGGCGAGCGUCCAUAUCAGUGCACCUUCUGCAACAAAUCCUUUACCCAGCAAAGCAAUAUGAAACGCCACAAAAUGACACACACGGGCGAGAAGCCGUUUCGAUGCCAGCGCUGUGGCCGCUACUUCUCGCAAUUGGUAAACCUCAAAAAGCAUAAGCUGGGCCAUUUGAAUGCCAAGCCGUAUCAGUGCAACUAUUGUGAGAAGGGCUUUACACAGCUCUCCAAUUUUAAGCGUCAUCUGCAAUCACACAUCAAGGAGGGCGUCGAUGUCGAUGUGCCUGGUGCAAUACAACAGGCAACAGCUCUAGCACGGGAGCGUCUGGAGGCCGAGCAGAAACCAAGUUUCUUUGAGUGCAUGAUAUGUCGUGCCAUUUUCGAAACAUUUGGCGACUAUGAGAAGCAUGAGGGCAAGUGCCAUGAAGAUCAUGAACGCUCCCAGCUAGAGGUUAAUCAAAUGUCGCAUAUGCAUACGGAUGACUAUUUGCCGAUGAAGUUUUCGGUGCCCGAUCUGGAUACGCACGAGAUAAUUAUUGAGACUACACAUUAAUGCUAAACACCUACACUUUCACACACCCACACACUCACACAACAUGAAACACAGACACACGUAAUUAUACAUCCAAUCAAGUGAGUGCAACCACAUAUAUAUAUAUAAAUAUAUAUAUAUGAUAAAUGCGACUGCUACGUUAAUGAAUAUGCAGGCCAACAUAUUUCUUCUUCUUAUAAAUAAAUGCAAGACAUAAAAAAUG